AUGGCCCUGAAGCGGAGACAAACGGCCCUCGCGGCAGCGGUCGCCUUCUUCUCUUGGGGCUACGCCGUCGGCUGGUUCCCAGUGCUCCGCUGGGCCGGAUACGCCUUUGUCGCAGGCAUCGUCGCCAGCGUCGCGGCCCUGGUUGCCGCGCUGCUCCUCACAUCACGACGCCCGAGGCGGGCAGGCGAACCGCGGUCGGCGCUGCCCCGCGGGGCCUCUUUCAACGACGCGAAGCGAUGGCGCAUCGAGGUGGACGCCCUGAAGAAGAGGCAGGAAUAUGCGCGCCCCGAGCUGGAGCUGGGCUCGGCGCGGGUGGGUGAGGCGGUGGACGGCCUCCUGGGCAUGAUCCUCCGCGACUUUGUGCGCUCCUGGUACGCCGGCAUCAGCGCGAACCCCGUGUUCCCCAACGAGGUCGACAGGGCGGUCCGGCUGGCCCUCGCGAGCCUGCUCGAGCCGCUGCAGCACAUGGACCUGGCCGAGCUCGUCACCAGCCGGCUGGUGCCCAUCAUGACGGCGCAUUUCCACGACUUUGCCGAGGCGGAGCGGUCGGUGCGGGGCAGGAAGCUUAACAGGUCCGUCACCGAGUCGGAAGAGCUCGACCUCGCCAUUGCGUCCAAGUUCCGCGACGGGCGCCUCCAUCCCGCCGCGUCGCUGUCCUUCCCGGACACCAAGAUGGUCCAGCAGGACUACCUGCGGUCGCUCGUCGCGCGCGUCCUGCCGAGGGUCCUCCCGGGAAACAUGGUCUCGAGCCGGGCCGUGUCGACGCUCAUACGCGAGAUCGUCGGGUGCGCGGUGCUCUUCCCCGUCGUGCAGCUCCUGUCCGACCCGGACACGUGGAACCAGCUCAUGGAGAACUACGGCCGCUCCAUGCUGCAGGACAGGUCGACGGUGCGGAAGCUGAGGGCCGCGCUCGACCAGCACGCCUCGCCGACGCCCAAGUCGGGCAAGCAAGCGGCAGCGCCGCGCCUGGCGCCGGGGGACAGCGAGCGCAAGUUUGAAAAGUUUAUACGCGGCAUCAGAAAGGUCAACAACUUGUCGGACGCGCGGCGCUUUCGCAGCGAGGUCGCCAGCCAGCUGAAGCGCGACUCGCUGCAGGAGAACCAGGACCCCGUCUACUUGAGGAGGCUGGAGAUGGGCAAGCGACUGCUGGACCAGAGAGUCAGCCACCUUGCCGCUGGAGGAGACCGACGGGCGGCUGCCGCUCCGUUGCGGUCGCCCCUCCCGGCGUCUGCCUCUACAUCGCGUCUAGAGAACGCCACGCUGGUCGAACUUCUUCGCGACUCGUCCGGGCUGUCGUACUUCAUGGAGUACAUGGACCGACAGCAGCUCAUGUCUCUGGUCCAGUUCUGGCUCGUCGUCGAUGGCUUCCGGAACCCGCUCGAGGACGAUGGGCCUGACGACGAUCAGCCUGCUUCGAACCUGACCAUGUGGACCGAGUCGGACAGGAUGGACCUCCAGCAGAUCAACCAGGCAUACCUGUCCAAGCCGGAACUGAACGUGCCCAGCUCAUCGAAACGAGAGGUCAAGGAGUUUCUCCAGGCCGGCAAGGCUGCCACACCCGCGCAGUAUCACCGUGCACGUCGCGCAAUCCUGAAAGCGCAGAGUGUGGUGCUGGAGGAGAUGCAGUCUCGGUACUUUCACGCGUUCAAGAAGUCGGAUCUCUAUUACAAGUGCCUCGCGUCGCAAGAGUCUUCUAUUGCGAGUCUGCCACCGGCCCCUUCCUCGGACCAUCGGGGCCAACCUGCCCAACCGCCCAUACAUAGGGCGGCACAGUCCUAUCAGUCCAAGCCGAAACCUAUAUCUAGGCUCGUCCCACCGUCUGAUCCCUUGGGUCGGCGCUCCGGAUCCGCGUCGGAUCUGCGGACGCUUAAUGGCAACGGAAAUGGGAACGGUGUCAACUCUUCUGCGGCGGGUCGCAGGUCCUUGGAUGAUGGCUCCCCAACGCCUCUGUUUGACGAUGACGAUGUAGAAAACGAUGGCAUGCUGGACUCGGUACAGAGCCUUGACCAGGACGCACCCACGCACCAGGUCCCGGACACACAGGUCGUUCGGGCAGUGGAGGAGGCGCUUAACAACAUCAUGGAUGACGAUAGGCCACAGACUGCAGAAGCCCUUCGUGCGUCAUUAUUUGGGGCGGAAGAUAAUGAUGGAAGCUUCCUCUCCGGGCACGACAACGACUCAAAUCGAGGUUCGAUAGAUGUGGGCAGGCCGCCAAACCCUGGGAAAGAGGGCGAGAAACCGAGCCUCUCGUCCCUAGGCCUGGUCAGCGCGGCAUCGCGGAUAGGAGUCUUUGUUGAUGAUGAUUUGUUCGAUGACGAGGACAAAUACCUGCCCGACGAGGAUGAGGAUGCGGAAAUAUCAAAAGGCGCUGCGGACGAGGACGAGGUGCAUGAGGCUGCCCCCGGCGAUCUUGGCCUCGCAGAAGCCAUCACAGCUCUCACAAACGACAUUGACCGCCUAGUGGCACAGGAAGCCGUCGUGGACUCGUUGACGAGGAAGGCGGACCUUACAAACAACACGUCGGAGCUGCGCAUCCUCCGCAAGUCCAAGGCAAGCCUGCAAAGAGAGAUACGGCGCAAGGAGCUCCAGCGGCAGCAGUACGUGGUCCAGGAGAGCGACAACAGCCUCUACGGGCGGUCGACGAUCCGGAUCAAGAACAUACAGGUGGGCAGAGAGGAGGACGGGCGCGAAUUCGCGCUGUACGUGGUCGAGGUGCAGCGCAACGCCGGGGAGCAGAUGCCGGCGGCGUCCUGGAUCGUCACGCGGAGGUAUAGUGAGUUCCACGAUCUUCACCAGAAGCUACGGUCCGGAUAUCCGUCGGUGCGGAACCUGGACUUUCCUAGGCGGCGCAUGGUGAUGAAGUUUCAGAGCGAGUUCCUCCGCAAGCGGCGCGAGGCGCUCGAGAAGUACAUGCGCGAGCUGCUGCUCCUGCCGGACGUGUGCCGUAGUCGCGAACUACGAGCGUUCCUCUCCCAGAGCGCGAUCGCGCAGGGGCAGGAUAUCAUGGACCGGGAGGACAAGAAGGACAUGAUGACGCGCCUGUACGACUCGGUCGCGGAUGGCAUGGACGACAUCUUGGGCAACAUCCCGGUGCUCGACCAGAUAUCCGUCGCGGGACAGAACCUGAUCGCGGCGGCGACCAGCCAGCUGAACUCGAUGCCCCUCAACAUCAACGAGGAGACGUUUCCCGCGGCGGAGGCAGAGGCGGAACUUAACGCGUUCGAGAACAAGGAGCUGGAGCCCUUCAUCAAGCCCAUCUGCGACAUCUUCCUCGAGGUGUUUGAGCUGAACCGCGGCAACAACUGGCUGCGUGGCCGGGCGGUGGUGGUGGUCCUGCAGCAGCUCCUGGGCGGCACCAUCGAGCGCAAGGUGCGCGACAACGUGCGGGCGCUGGUGCAGGAGGAGUCCCUGCUACGAUACAUAGGGCUGGUAACGGACAGCCUCUGGCCCGGCGGGCAGCUGCAGCGUGAUCGCAAGCCGCGCUCGGAGGCGGAGAGGAAGAAGACACGCACCGAGGCGAGCCUGAUGCUGGCGACGCUGAUCCCGGACCUAGCGGGCAGCGUGGUGGGCCGGGUGAAUGCCCAGGCGGCGAGCCGCCGGCUGUUUGCAACGUUUAACAACUCGAGACUCAAUGCGCAUUUGGUGUUUACGAUGCUGGAUGAGAUGGUGUCCGUGCUGUUCGACGAGGCGUAA